CCACAAAGCCACUGUGACCACAUCAAAUUGAAAAGCUCCCUUUUACACUGUUCUGGACUGCAGAAAGGUCAACAUGUGGACCAUGGGUCUUCAGCUGGUCUUUAUAGGUGUGAUUGUGCAGGUUGUCACAUGUUAUCCAUCUUGUAGAAUAUAUGGCCUUAUAGCUGAUUGUCACAGACAAAAUCACAAGUGGGUGCCUGCUCUGCCUCCAACCAUCACCUCCCUCUACUUGGAGUUGAACAGGAUCCCUGAGAUUAACAGCACGUCACUCCAAAAUCUGGAGCAGCUCCAAGAGUUGGAUCUCGGGAAACAAUUUGUGCCGCUUGUGAUAAGGAACAACGCCUUCCUCAGGCAGACUCGGUUGCUUCGCUUGGUUCUUGGCGACAAUGUUGGCCUUAAACUGGAGCCGCGAGCAUUCGCAGGGAUGGUCAGUUUAAAAAUUCUCUUCCUGGACCAUUGUUUUUUGACAGACUCCAUUUUGGCACACACCUACCUCGAGCCACUCUUAUCUUUAGAAGCGCUUAAUCUUUUUGGUAACAAAAUACGAAGACUCACACCAGGAAUUUUCUUUCAAAACAUCUUAAAUUUGACACAGAUAGACCUCAUGCUCAAUAGUAUUGAGCAACUGUGUGAAAAUGAUCUCAUGGGCUUCAGGGGGAAGUACUUCCAAUACUUCAAUUUGAACUCAAAUCACUUGUUCAAAAUGGCUACAAACACUUUUGAUUGGGAAGGCUGCGGAAACCCUUUUCGAGGAAUGGCCUUCAAUAUCCUUGAUUUAAGUAGUACUGGGUUCAACGUGACUGCAACCAAACUUUUUUUUAAAGCAAUGCAUGGAACUCCUGUUGCUCAUCUCAUAUUAACUGGUAAUUUAGGGAAAGGAGUCUCAUAUAACACGCAAGCAGAUCCAGACAAGCACACAUUUGAAGGUCUUGCGAACAGCACAUUAGAUAUUUUUGAAUUGUCCAAUAACAGAAUAUUUUCUUUGCAGAGGGGUGUUUUCAGUUCUCUUAGCAACGCCACCAUAAUUGACGUCUCUCGAAACAAAGUUAAUCAGAUUAACACUGGGGCCUUUAGUGGUCUGCAAGAAAAUUUAAAAUUCCUCAACUUGUCAUUCAAUAUUAUUGGAGAAAUUUAUUCGCACACAUUUCACUAUCUGAAGGAACUUCGGAUUUUGGAUUUGUCGUUUAACAACAUUGGUGUGCUAGGAAAUGACGCUUUUGAGGGUCUUCCCAAUUUACAAGCGCUAUAUAUGACUGGAAACUCACUACGAAAAUUGGGUUUUCCUGCAUCUUUGCCAAAACUUGAAUAUCUCGUUCUAGGUGACAAUCGCUUGAAUGAGCUGUACAAUAUGGAUAAGUUAAGCGCCAACCCUAUUCUUAUAGAUGUGACAAACAACCGAUUAACCAACCUUGAAGAUGUUUACAUCGUUUUAACCCAUUUUGAGAAUCUCCAGAAUUUCUACUUUGGUGGCAAUUUCAUUAAGUGGUGUACACUUGGUCAGGAUGUCUCAAUUCCUUUUAAUCGAAGCUUACAAGUACUGGAUCUUCAUGAUAGUUCGAUGCAGUUAAUCUGGGCUGAGGGGACGUGUCUUGAUGUGUUUAAACAUCUUGAGAAUCUGAUCAGUCUAAAUUUAAGCUCCAACUCCCUCAAGAUUCUCCCACAGGGUAUUUUCAACAGCCUCAGCUCUAUCGUUGACAUUGACCUGUCAUCCAAUGCCCUGACCUAUCUGCAGCCCGGUGUUCUUCCCAGCAGCCUUAAAAUAAUCGACCUUUCUAACAACUUCUUGGCCAGCCCUGAUCCCUUGACCUUUGAUUCCAUCCUCCUUCUCAGCCUAUUGGGAAAUCGCUUUCACUGUGACUGUCAUCUUGAGAGCUUCCUCAAGUGGAUGAACGAGACCAACGUAACCUUCUUCAGUCCAGUCGAGGAAUACCGAUGUGAGUUUCCAGUUGCUCACUACAACCUUCCGCUGCUCAACUAUUCCCAGAUCAUUGAACCAUGUGAGGUCGAUGAUGAGCUGGCCGUCCAAGAGCUUAAGUUUGCGCUGUUCAUUUUUUCCACCCUACUCCUCCACACUGUAACACUUUGUGGAAUUGCUUACGCACGUCUACGCGGACGCAUAUAUGUACUUUACAAAAAAGUUGUUGGUCGAGUUCUCGAGGGUCCCAAAGCCCCACCUCCUUUGGAGGACGCACAGUAUGAUGCUUACCUGUGCUUCAGUAACAUGGACUACAGAUGGGUGGAGGCUGCUUUACUAAAAAAGCUGGACAAGAAAUUCUCUGAAGAGAAUGUCCUACAAUGUUGUUUUGAAGCCAGAGACUUCCUGCCUGGGGAGGACCACCUUUCCAACAUCAGAGAUGCCAUCUGGGGAAGCAGAAAGACUGUGUGUGUUGUCUCCAAGGAGUUCCUUAAAGAUGGUUGGUGCUUGGAGGCCUUCACCUUGGCUCAGGGUCGCAUGCUGAAUGAGUUGAGAAAUGUUCUGAUCAUGCUGGUGGUUGGAAAGGUGACUCACUACCACCUGAUGAAGUACAAUGCAGUUCGAGCAUUCGUCCAGAGGAGAGAAUACCUCAUCUGGCCAGAGGACCCUCAGGAUCUUGAAUGGUUUUAUGAGCGACUCAUCUCUCAAAUAAUGAAACACACUGAGGUGAAGAAACCUGACAAGGAUGUGCCAAAGCCCAAAGUUCCACCUGAAAACCACAUCGAACUUGAGAACAUUUAA